AUGAUGAACAGGACUACCUUUCCUGGAACUUCGAAUCUUGAAUGUGACGACCAUGUGGUUCCAGAUGGAUCCAAAGACAUACAAUUUAUCUCUAACAGGUCCGUUAUUGAGUAUUUUACGAUUUUUUUAGUCGGUUUGUUCAAAUGUUUAUGUCGGGAAAGUUGAUGUUGCCCUGCCGAGAUCGUGAAAUGACGUUUGGUUACGAGGACCUCGAAAACAUAGGAGAGAUUGGGGCUGGAAGAUUUGGAAUCGUAUGUAAAAUGCGCCAUGUUCCUAGCAAGUUUAUCAUGGCGGUGAAGGUAAAUUUAAGAAAACAUUUUUCUUCUUUGCUUUGAAGACUCUAGGAUGAGAUCACUUUAGAGAGUCAGACUGAUAUCCAAUUUAUAUGAAGACAUCGAAGAUCAGAGGAGGAUGCGCCAGCUUCAAAAUGAAGUCCAAAUGAUAAAAGAAGCUUCCACAUGCCCUGAAGUUGUUCGGUUUUAUGGCGUCACUUUCCAUGAGGUAAGAUUGAUUUGUUUCAUUCGUUAAUAAUAGAUUAGGGAGACUGUUUAAUAUGCAUGGAGCUGAUGGAUAUCUCAUUGGACCGUCUUUAUAAUAUUGUCCAUCAGGUGGCACGGACCUCUUUUGACGAAAAUGUUCUCGGAUCCGUAGGGGUUACGGUACUCAAAGCUUUGGACUGCCUCAAGAAACUCAAGCAUAUCAUUCAUAGAGGUACUCGUUACGUUCUUAUCUCAAAAUUACGGUUGCUUAAGAUGUAAAACCUUCCAAUAUUCUUCUCAACUGCCGUGGGAAAAUUAAGAUUUGUGACUUCGGAAUAUCGGGUUAUCUUGAGGAUUCGAUGGCCAAAACGAAAGACGUUGGCUGUCGUCCAUAUAUGGCUGUAAGGUUGAUGUAGGCGGGUAACGUAUUUUACAGCCAGAGAGAUUAAUGGCGAGUAUUGAGGGAUAUGAUACAAGAUCAGACGUAUGGAGUCUUGGUAUCACCUUGGUAUGUAUAACUUUACGCUUUUUAUUCGUCGUCUAGGUAGAGACUGCGAGGGGUGUAUUCCCAUACCCUGACUUCAACAACAAAUGUCUUUUCGCCCAGAUCGAGUUAGUCGUUCAUGGUGAUCCUAACUUCCUGAAUCCAGGAGACAAUUACGAACCAUACACAGUAUAUUUUAUCAAUCGAUGGUAUGUGGCUCUUAAUGAAAGACUAAAGUUUCCAGUUUAACCAAGGAGUACAAAGAUCGGCCGACUUUUGAGGAGCUGAUGAGAACUGAGUUCUUCCAGCACUUCUCUGCUCUCCAUGACCGCGAUGGAAUUGUCGCGUCAUAUGUACAACAAAUGGUGGAGCUGGGGAAAGAAGCGGGGGUUUUAGAUAAGUUUGGAAAAGGGAGCUAA